UCGAGCGCCCCGCCGAUUCAUGCGAGUGGUGCUACACCGCUCGAAGCUUCUUCCCAAACUCCGUUCUUCAUUUCCUCGCCGAUUCUUUAUCAAAACCUCGGCGCAUGAAUUAAGAUAAAAAAGAAAAAAGAAAAAUUUUGAAGAAGCGGGAGGAAAAAGAAAGACGCGGAGGAGAAAUCGCAAGAACGACGCGAGAGAUGCGACCCAACAUCGUCACCGAGGCAGGAUUGCCGACUAGGUUCAAUCAGUGGUGGGCUAGUAUACCGUUCAUUACUUCUGGUGUUGUUAUAAUCUGUGGUGUAAUUUACUUGGUAUGCUUGUUGGUGGGGUAUGACUCCUUUGUUGAGAUAUGCUUCUUGCCUUCUUUAAUUGUUUCAAGGUUUCAAGUGUACAGGAUAUUUACGUCUGUUCUUUUCCAUGGAUCCUUGCUUCAUGUUGUUUUCAAUAUGUUGGCAUUGGUGCCAUUGGGCACGGAAUUGGAGAGAAUCAUGGGAUCAGUCCGCAUUUUAUACUUGAUGAUGUUGCUCGCUACAAGCAAUGCUAUUUUCCAUCUCAUUAUUGCUUCACUGAUCUCAUAUAAUCCUUUGCACCCUUAUCCAUUCUUCAUGAAUGAAUGUGCCAUUGGAUUUUCUGGCAUCAUUUUCUCAAUGAUUGUUAUAGAGACUAGCCUCAGUGGAGCACAAUCUAGAAGUGUUUUUGGACUCUUCAAUGUUCCUGCCAAAUGGUACGCUUGGAUUCUGUUGAUUCUGUUCCAACUUCUAGCAAGCAAUGUUUCAUUAUUGGGACACUUAUGUGGCAUCUUAUCUGGGUUUGCAUAUACUCUUGGAUUGUUCAAAUACUUGUUACCUGGACCAUCUUUCUAUUCUGCUAUUGAAAGCUCCUCACUGCUAUCAGCUUGUGUUAGACAUUCUGGAUUUAUCUUGUGCACUGGAGGGACUACAUAUGGCCAUCUUCCUACGUAUUCAAAUGUUAAUACCGCAUCCAGUACCCCUUUGAUUAGGAGAAACCUGUGGAGAAAUCUUUCUUCGUGGAUGCUGCAUAGGGAUACAUCAACCAAUUCGCCAACAGGCCCAGCGCAAGACCCCAGAUUCCCUGGGAGGGGGAGGACCCUAGGUGCAGCAAGAAAUCAGCAGACCACUACAGAUUCCGACUUGAGUUUGCAGACAAGGUUGUUGGAUAAUACAGAGCCCACUAAUCCUGAAGUACUAGAAGGACGGCAUUCAACAGGAAACACUGGAGUUGAUGGAUCAGCAGCAACCAACCAGGGUUCUGAUAACUUUGAAGAAGAGCUUAACAAGCUAGUAGCAAUGGGUUUUGAGAAGAUCCAGGCUGAAGUUGCUCUUACUGCUGCUGAUGGGGAUCCCACUGUUGCCAUUGAAAUUCUUAUGAGCCAACAGGCAUGAAUCAUUUUACUCUUCUUUGGGGAUAAAGUGAUGAACCUUAUAGAGACGCAGGUAAAUGAUAUUUUGAAGUGGCCUUGGACUGGUAUAUCUUUCUCUGAUCUGUGGAUGUUUGUUCUACUGAGAUGGUUAAAUUGCUUCAAGAGGAAGGGCUUCUGAUUUUGAGUUAAUCCUGUGAUGAACUAUACAAAAGAAAUGUUUAUAAUUUGUACUUACAUUGUUCGAUUCUGUGGAGUGCCUAGAUUAAGUGUAAUGAUCACUCUGACGCAGAAAUGUGAACAUGAAGUAUCUCUGCUCAGAUCACAUCUCUUAUCAUAGAUUAACCAAAGCUAUUUCAUCAUA